CCCGGCCGGCCGCCCGGGCUCCCCGGCCGCCCCGCGCUGAAGGCAGCGCCCCCCGCCAGCUGCAGCGCAGAGGGAAAAUGUCUGCCAGCUGACAGCCUUUUCUUCUUCUGCUAAGCCACAGCAACCUCAGCAGCAAUACACGCAUUUUAUAGGAGGGCUCCAGUAACAAACACAAUCUACAGCUGAUCCCAUUCAAGCCCAGGGAAAGCAGUGAGAAUUCCCUGGAAAGAUGCCUCUGGUGAAGAGGAACAUUGAACCUCGUCACUUGUGCCGUGGCGCUCUUCCUGAUGGGGUGACCAGCGAGCUGGAAUGUGUGACCAACAGCACCUUGGCUGCCAUCAUCAAGCAGCUGGGUAGCCUCAGCAGACAUGCUGAAGACAUAUUUGGAGAACUGUUCAAUGAAGCUAACAGUUUCUAUAUGCGGAUGAACUCCCUGCAGGAGAGAGUGGACCUUCUGGUGAUCAAGGUCACUCAGUUGGACUCAACGGUAGAGGAAGUUUCACUGCAAGACAUCAACAUGCGGAAAGCGUUCAAGAGCUCAACUGUGCAGAACCAGCAGGUGGUCUCCCGGAACUCCAUCCCUAACCCCGUGAUGGAGAUGUACCAACGCUGUGACAAGCCACCACCGCUCAACAUCCUCACGGCAUACAGGGACGACAAGAAAGAUGGCCUCAAAUUCUACACUGACCCUUCAUAUUUCUUCAACUUGUGGAAGGAGAAGAUGCUGCAGGCAACUGAGGACAAGAGAAAGGAGAAACGCAGGCAGAAGGAGCAGCGGUUAGUGGAAGAUUCCACUCGGGAGGUGAAGAAAGUGAGAAAAGCCCGCAACCGGCGCCUGGAGUGGAACGUGAUGGCAUAUGAUAAAGAAUUCCGUCCCGAUAACAGGUUCUCACCAUCCCCAUAUCACAUGGCCUCAUCGGAAGGAUCACUGUCCCCAGAUAAUAGAUCUUAUGCGUCAGAUGCAGCUGAUCACUCAUACCCGGCCAGUCCUAACCACUCUGCACAGCAGAUAUUAGCUCCAGCCUCACACCUGUCAACAGACAAGGAGAUCAUCCUGGUUGCUAACCAGGCCCAGGAACAUGUCUACAGGCCCUCAGCAGCAGGAAGCCGUCAGAACAGUCUCAACCGAGUCCAGCAGCCCCAUGUGCCGCAGCAUCCAGAGACUAUAUUGAAUGGACCAAGACCUCAGAUAGUCAAGGAGUAUGGUCCCCAGCAGAUGCCCCUGGCAGAAUACUUUGUGCCUCCUGCUCCUCCGCCCCCACCCCCUGUGAUACCCUCUGCUCAGACUGCCUUCGACAGCCCCAUCUCAGCACCUCCUGCCAUGGCCCCCAGCGCUGCAGCCUCCGUGGCUCACUCAUCAUAUGCACCUUCCCCGCCUCCGGCUCCACCCUGCCCAUAUUCUGCUUCCCCCCCUCAGACUGGCCCGAUGGGGCCCCCCGUCGCACCUCCUCCACCUCCACCUGGUCCUCCAACAGUCACUGCCUCGCCGGCUCACUCGGCGUCACCUCCAGUGGCGGCAGUUGAACCUCGGAAACCUCAGAUCCCUCUGAUACCAAUGAGCGAUGCCAGGAGCGACCUGCUUGCUGCAAUUCGGAGGGGAAUUCAACUCCGGAAAGUCCAAGAACAGUGGGAACAGGAGGCGAAGAAGGAACCGGUUGGCAAUGAUGUAGCCACUAUCCUGUCCCGCCGGAUUGCAGUGGAGUACAGUGAAUCCGACGAUGACUCGGAACUGGACGACAAUGAGUGGUCAGAUUAAGAGAGCUCAGCAUGCUGUGUUGACAUGUACUCCCCCCUCCCUGCUUCUCCACAAGAAGGUGUGUAUGGCUGAGUUCCCCUGAAAGUGAAUGCUGACCACCGUCAGCACGUAGUGUGACUUAUUCAGGAGCUUUGCCUUUACACCAUGUUGCAUUGUUGAAGAAACGAUGGUAGUGUUGUCAGUGAGAGUGCACAUUGGUGGGACAUGCUUUAAAAGCAGCAGGCAUCUGCCCAGAAUCUCGCCAGGUGUGGCUAUGACACUUCAAUAAUGCUGAGAACACAAUGAGGCGAGGAUCAGUGGAGUUACUCUGGGUUUACACCAGGGUGGCAGCAGUCAGAAGCUGGUCCCAUGCAUGUGUUUUUAGAGAAACAAAACUGCAGAAAUAGCACUGCUUAUUUGGCCAGAUGUUAAUUUUAUAAUGAAAAGCUCCUGAAAAAGUAUCCUGUUCCCCUAGCAAAUACUGCCACGUGGUUAUAGGUGUUUAGAGACCACAAUUCACUUGUUUGUAUUUUCUGCAGAUGUUUAAAAUUGUUGGGAUUUGGACCAUAUGAGCCAGGAGAAAGCUCUGUUCAUUGCCAUGAAAGUUACAUGCAGAAAGGGUCUGUUUUCCCUUUAAAGUAAUGUCGUUAGCUUUGCGUUCUGACAGUCUGAAAGGAGAGUUCUCUGCUAUCUCCCAGUUUCACUUUUAAGAGCACAUCAUAGGGAGGAAUAGAUGUUUGUGGCAUGGUUAUAUUUCCAGCUCUGCACUCAGAUUCCCUGGGGAAGAGCAUGAAAGGAAAGUUUAGCGUAAACCUGCUCUUCUUUUGCCAUCAGCAAAGAAACAAAGCACUUGUUACUGAGUAGAAAGGAAUAAAGUCAGUUUCAAGAGAAAAGAACCUCGCAAUAGAUUUAAGUUGUCUAAGAAAGACCCUGAAGACCUUGAAAUAAUUAUCUGACAGUGCUGUCCUAUUGUAUCACCUUAUUAUUAUUUGAAAUAAAAUUAACUAGGCUAAAUAUAACUCUUAGCUGCACUGAAACAACCCCAUUGGAGUUGGAAGCGAGCAAUAUUUGUCCCUUUGGGUUCACUUCUGAUUUUCAGUUUCUAGUAUCUGAGAAUCUCUUUGUACAAUUGAGGUGAAUUCAGUCUUAUUCCCGAAAUAGUUAUUGAGGGAACAAUUCUUCCACUUUUACUCAGGCUGAAUAGUACGGUACUCUGCGAGCAGCGGUAAUGGGUCGGCGUGGAGUACAGCAAACCUGACAAUGACUCUGAACUGGGGGAUAAUGAGUAAGAUUGGUAGGACCGGGCCCAGAGUUAGGAUGCUGAAAACACCAGUGAAUGCUAUUUGGUUUAUUAAUCCAAAUGGAGAGUGAUUCAUAAAAGCAUUUUCAUGUAGCUACUAAGGGAGAAGCCCUGAGAAUCCAAAGGGAUCCUGUGGGAAAUGUUGAAAACCCACAGUCAGUUCUGAAAACUAUAAGAGAACAGGAAAUGGAUUCUGACCAAUAGAAAACUGGCCAGCAUCAGCCUUGAGUCUGUAUAAUAUGGUCAGAUAGGGCCCCAGUGUUCCAGGGACAUGCAUGCACACGCCAACAAACGCACCAUUUCCACUUCCCCAGCUGCAGUCUUGUCUGACUCAGGGGUGAUGAAUGAACCUGGAUUUUCUUAUUUCCCUCCAGGUAACAGGAAACUUGCACUUUGGCUCCACCUUCAGUCCAUGCAGGUGACUGAAAAACAGCCAAGGGAGGGCUACAGGCAGCUAGUGGUCAGCCAGAGUGAGAGUGCCUUGGGUGCCUGCAGGCAGGGAGACCUGGUGAAGGGCAGAGAUGUUGUUGGCUGGAGUCCACAAGUGUCACUUCUUAUAGUGCCCCAUUUGGCUAGUGCCACCAUUCACCCUUAUCUACUAGAGAAUGCUGCACUUGAGCCAACCCGCUUUGCAGGGAGGGGAUGAGGGGGUUCGCUAUUCAAACCAAGCAGCAAUAGUUCCUGAAAAACUGCAGCUAGACAGUAUAUGUCAGACCAGCAACAGGAAAGGAAGAAGAAAACAAGACAACAACCCAGCAGGAUGCAACACAGAUUCUCAGUGGCAUUGACAUAGGACCCAAGAGCUCAGCAGCAGCUCCUGGGGCAAUGGGAAUGUUAAACAGACAUAGAAGGAGUUGGUGCCUUGUUGUUGAGCUGGGAAUUCAUGAUGUGCAGUAGUUAUACCAAAGGCUCUUGCUCCUAUCAUCAUUUUGUCUCUGUUUAGAACUAGCAGGCAACCCCCUCCCCAAGAAAUGGAAAAUACAGAGGUAGGAAGCUGCAAGCCAAACCCUGAUCUCUUUACUCAGGCAAGCAGUGCCACUGAAGUCAAUGAUGCUACUUUCCUCAGUGAGGUGAGCAGGAUUGGACCCCUACUGCAAGAUCAGGAAAAGCCUUGUACAUUAAAAAUAGCAUAUACAAAACCACAUAAGUAUUUAUUAUAUAGUGUUGUUAAUAUAUGCAUGAUUUUGAUGUGACCCACGAAUGAAGAGAAAUCCCAGACUGAUGGGCUUGAUGUGUAAGAUUAAAAACAUAACAUAUUCGGACAUAAAGUGAAUGCUAAAGAGUGUAGUAAUUGCCUUUCUCUUUGGUACUGAUCAUGGGUUUAUAUCAGCUGGCCCACAUGGCUGGGAUUGGUGACAGCCCCUGAACAUUGGCCCUGUUGUGUGUGAGUGCAGAAGAAGGGAGAUUUUGACUUGAGGGCUACAUGGCACCUUGCAUGCCAGGAAGGGGAAAGGCUGCAAGGAGACUUCCCCUUGUGACCUUGUGUGGGGCCUGGGCACAGUCCCUGUCCUUGCACACUGGAUGUGCAAGGUCUGGGGACACUAAUGCAGAGAAAGAUAUUGGUGUCAGGUGAGGCGCUGUAGGCCCACUGCCUGAGGGAAUGGCCUCCAGAGCGCAGCCCACUACCCUUCUCACCUUUGCAAAUGUGAGCUGUGUCUUAAACCCACAGAGCCUGACUCUGCUCCACUUUCCCUGGUUUCAUACCUGUGUAGCUCCACUAACUUCAGUGAGUUACUCCUGAUUUACUCUGGCUCAUAACAUUGGAAUCAGGAGCACAGUCUUGCCCACCACAGAUUGGCUCCUAAUGGUGACAGGGCCAGACUCUGCCCAGUUUACUCAAGCAAAACUCACUAGGGUUCAUGGGAGACUGGCCUGAACUAGGCAAUGGGACCUGGCUUGGGUUUGUUGUCAUUUGCACAACCCAAGAUGUUAGUUGAUCAUUUUCUCCAGCAUUGUUGACAUGGCCUUUCAUAAGACAUCAUAACAGACCAAAGCUGGGGCCUCGCUGCAAACUGGCACAUCUGCUUUCAGGCAUAAAGUGACAUGGGGGAUAGGAUUAAAAUUCAUAAUGAUCUGGACUGACUGGGAAAUGACUGCCUAGGAAGGAGUACUGCAGAA